AUGGGAGCUGAUCCCGUGCCUGCAGCUCCUGCUGAUCCGGCUGCUCCAGUUGCUGCUCCUGCUCCUGCUCCAGUUGCUGCUCCGGCUCCUGCUCCUGCUCCGGCUGCCCCUGUUGCUCCUGCUGCUGCGGCUGCGGCUGAUAAUACUCCAACGACUGGCACUACACCGACCGCUGGGACUACUCCAACCACGGGCACUACUCCAACAACUGGCAAAACCGUAACAACUGGCACUACUCCAACUACAGGUACAACGCCAACUACAGGCACUACUCCAACUACAGGCACUACUCCUACUACACCUGCUACUAAAGCAACAACUCCUACUACUGCUGUAACUCCAGCCACGCCUGCUCUGCCGGCCGUAAAUACUGCUACCUUGAACUCGGCUCAGCUUGUAGCUUGGGCAAAAACACAAACAGACAUUGCUGCUGCAGACAACACUGCCACUAUGAGUCCAGCACAGUAUCUGUCGUGGCUCAAGACGCAAGUACUAAUUGCGCCGGGAGAUCUCAUUCAGACUAUGAAUUCGGCUCAGAUUCAAGCAUGGGCUAAAACUCAGACUCUUGUUGUAGCUGCUGACAACACUUUCACCAUGAACAGUGCUCAGAUCCUGAACUGGCUUUCUACUCACACAACUACUGCUGCUACUCCUUUAGCGACUCCUCCCGUUGGAGCCGCUCCCCCCAGACCUUCAGAGAGCUUGGAUGCUCAGGGUAACUUGAUCGACGAUCCUACUACCGAGACGGUCUCGUUCAUCACCACUAGAAUACAGCCUACUACUACGUAUGAAGCUCCUUCUAACUCUGUUGCACCUGCUUCCGGAAACAACGCUGACUCUGAUUCUGGGUCUGGCUCUCCUGCCAGUUCUGAUACUACCAAUGCUGGAAAUUUGAUCACUGUGAACACUGUUUUGUUGUGUAUAGGUGUUGGUGUUGCAUUAUUUGCAGGGCAAUGAGAAGUGGUCUCCGUUUGAUAUUUAAAAUUUGUACAUUAAAGUAUGACAACAAGUUAUAUGGUUAUAUCAUCAUUCA